CAAUAUCGUUCAAGACAAACCACACAGCAUGAGACGGGAACACAGAAGGGACUAACUGCCUAAAGGAUUGUAUAUUUUUUCUCUGAACUGGAUUAUCACUUUCCUGAAAAACUAUCUAGUAUCCUGUACGUAGAGAUGGUUGGCAUCAAGCCCAAAGACGUGGCGCCCUGUGCUGCGGUCAAGUUCUUCGGAGCAGGCACGGCGGCCUGCAUUGCCGACCUCAUCACCUUUCCACUGGACACCGCAAAAGUCAGACUACAGAUUCAGGGAGAGUGUGAAGGGUCCGGUGUAGUGAAGUAUCGGGGGGUGUUUGGCACCAUCACCACCAUGGUGCGCACAGAGGGGGCCAGCAGCCUUUACAAUGGACUGGUGGCAGGACUCCAGAGGCAGAUGAGCUUCGCCUCCAUCCGAAUCGGUCUUUACGACUCCAUGAAGCAAUUCUACACUCGAGGAACUGAGAGUGCUGGAAUCGUUACCCGGAUCAUGGCGGGUUGCACCACGGGAGCGUUGGCCGUGGCUCUCGCUCAACCAACAGACGUGGUGAAGGUGCGUUUCCAAGCCCAGGUCCGGCUGGCCGACGGUGGGAGGAGAUACAACAGCACUCUGGAAGCCUACAGGACGAUUGCCCGAGAUGAGGGAGUACGGGGCCUUUGGAAAGGUUGCAUACCCAACAUCACCCGCAAUGCCAUUGUGAACUGUACAGAGCUGGUGACCUACGACAUGAUCAAAGAGCUCAUCCUGAAGUACGACCUGAUGACAGACAACUUCCCAUGCCACUUCACUGCUGCCUUCAGUGCCGGCUUCUGCACAACGGUGGUCGCCUCUCCUGUGGACGUGGUCAAAACGCGGUUCAUGAAUUCUGCAGACGGCCAGUACAGGAGUGCCAGCAACUGUGCGCUCAGCAUGGUUAGAAACGAAGGAGCCAAAGCCUUCUAUAAAGGGUUCAUGCCUUCUUUCCUGCGACUGGGGUCGUGGAACAUUGUGAUGUUCGUGACCUAUGAACAAAUCAAAAUAGGUAUGACCAGGGCACAACAGUACCGGGAGUCACCGUUUUGACCUCCGCGCGUCAGGAGGUCUCUUCAGAUGUGACUGCACAAACCUCCAUCCCGCUGCAGAGGUCACCCAGGGCUGGAAAAGGAUGUUAUGAAGACUCGAGGCAGCAAGAUGAACCAUCUCACACUUCCUAAAUAAUCAGGCAUAGUUGCAACGCCACAACGAUUACAGGGUGCAAAUGUAAAGAGACAAUUCAUGGUUUGUAAUGGAGAGCGUUUCCAUUAUAAAACGCCUACGACGGAUGUGAAAUUAUAAUUCCAGAGGGUUAUUGUACGUUUAAUCUCUUUUCCACAAACUGUACAUAAGAUACUAAAACCUUGAUCAACUUGUCUCUACACACCUUUGAAAUGGAUGUUUACAAGAAUGAUCUGUUAGAUAAUGUGAACAGUGUUAUUGCGUUAUAUUAUUUAUUACUCAGGAAAGGUUUUCCGUGAUGGCAAUGGAAGCUGACCAUUUCUAUGUUACUUAUGUUGCUUUCAGUGUCAUGGUUUACCAUUGUUUGUAUUUGCCAUAAAGGACUUUUAGUGCAGGUAAAUCAAUGUGCUGCUUAUUGUAAAUAGCAUGAAUUCAUUGCUGGUCGAUAAGUCAUUGCUGUGACAAAUCAUGCAAAAACGGAUAAAAGUACAAUUUUUUCUUC